AUGAGCAAUGGGCAAUGUUCGCAGACUGAUGAAGACACUCAAAUGCUCUUACAGCCAGAAACCCGCCCAAUUUCACCAGAACAACUUGUCAAGGAGGUCCAAGAAAUAUAUCGGCGGCUCAUUAUGAUUGAGAAGACAUGUAUCGAGAUUCAAACCCAGCAAGUCUACAACGACAGAAAAUUAAGUCCUAAACUGUGGCAAGCACUAAUAGCCCUCCAACGAUCCCUACUCCACGAACAACAUGACUUUUUCCUGGCGUGUCGUCACCGUUCAGCUUCUGAUGACCUUCGAACACUGGCCCACCGACACGAUUUGCCAGGGAGACUUUGGCGGAAUGGCAACAAGGCCUUUUUGGAUAUGCUGAUGCAUCGAAUCCCAGACAACGCGGAGUAUAUGAUUUCCUAUGUCUACUUGUCCUUCGACAUGCUUAAGCAACUCGAUGCCAAUUUCCCAGAAUUUGCGGAAUGCUGGGUCGAAUGCAUGCACGACCUGGAAAGGUACCGAGACUUCCUCCAGGAAAUUGGUGCCACUAAGUCAAGUGGCGACAAAGGACUUCGACCCAGCUGUGUCGCACACCAGUAUCUGCCAGAUUAUUUGGGAAAGGGAGACCCAUCAGGCGGUAAUGGGCCUCUCUCAUCCACCGCCUCCAGAACACCCCAGAAGGCUGUCCGACCAUAUCUUCGAUCAUUCGGCGGAAAAGAACAGAUCAAUUGGCUGGUUGGCUCCGGCGAAACAGACCAGAGAAAUGCAUUCGGCCAGUCCUCGCUACAGAGUGAUUAUCUGGGUGAAUCAAUUGAUGAUGAAAUCAACAUCCAAGACGAGUUUGACUGCUGGUUUGGCAGCCUGGACCCCCAUAUCUUUGACACAGAAGGGAAAGAUAAGUGGGUGUUACUUGGAUGGCUUCACCUCGGAAAGCAAUUUGCGAGGAGCUUUUGGUCGUACAGGCGGGUGUUCAAGGUCCUGCUCUUGAACGUCCUUUUGUGA